AUGACCACGGGGAUCCUCUUUGAGGAACAAGGACUGCUAGUAAGAGUCAGGCUCCACCUGACCAACUGCAGCGAGAGCCUCUUUGUUAAGAGGCUGGAGAAACGGGCAGAGAAAAAUGUCAUGAGGGUCAACAAAGGGAAGUGCAAGGAUGGCAACUUCCACAUCGCCUGGCUAUGCGUACUUGGGUCUGGGCUGGCCAUGAUUCUUGUGUCUUCAAGCUCAGUACUGUUCUUUUGCCCAGCAGGUUCACCGUCUGGGUUGCCAGAAAUCAUUGGAUAUUUGAAUGGUACUUCUAUGCAACAUCUUUUUAAUAUCAAGACCUUUUUAGGAACAUUUGUCUCUUGUGUGCUGGCUGUAGCCUCUGGGCUCUUCUGUGGGCCAGAAGGCCCCAUGAUCCACUUGGGUGCUAUCAUGGGUUGUGGCCUGAGCCAGCUGCAGUCGGACACCCUUGGCAUCCACCUCCCAUUCUUCACCCGGUUUCGGAAUUCAGCGGAUAAAAACGGGAGGGGGAGCUGUCACUACAUCAGCCAAGGCACUUUGGUGGAAGUAUUGAUUGAUCACCUAACCCUGGGAAAGGAGGGGGCGCUCCCUUCUACUUUUAGCAAGGUGGAGAUCACAAAUGAUGUCCAAUCGCUGCUACUGAUAAUGCUAGCUGUCAUGGUGGCCAAGAUGGUUGGUGACUCGUUCAAUGCAUCCUUAUACAGUUCCCUCCUGAAGCUGAAAUGCAUUCCCUACUUGGACGUGGAGCCUUUUGUUCGUCACAGGAAAAAAUGGUUGAACCUGGAAUUGUUCUCUGCCAGAGAUGUCAUGGAGCCUCGUGUCAGAGUCCUCCACCUAAAGGAAAACGUUGCCUCGUUGGCUCGGCUUCUUAGAAGUACGAGCCAUGGUGGAUUUCCAGUGGUUUACAGGUCCAAGCCAGACCAUGCAGAGGUGUUCCAGGGAACUAUUAAAAGGUUAGAGCUAUGUAUGCUGCUGGAGAAUGAGCAUCUUUUUGAACCAGAGACUAACUAUGAAUUAUUUUCCUCUUCCCAUGCUCUCUCUUACCAGAAGAAUGAUUUCUCCAUGAAUGAAGAGAUGAUGUAA